GAGUGAGCGAUCUGUGUUUCAAAUGUGGGAGAAAGAAAUGCCUGAUGAGGAAGCUGAGGAUGAUAUCCCUAUGCAGCUUGUCAUUCAGCAAAGCCUGCAUGACAUACUCGGGAGCAAGACAGUGACAACCCCAAAGAGUGACAGCUUUUGUUUCGCAACAAGUCCAGAUUACAGAAAGAUCAUCGCUGCCAUUCGGACAGGUGAAGAAGAGUCUUUACUUAAGUUGAUGAGGAAUGGAUCUGCUCUUCAGGAAGUAGACUCCCAAGGUUGGCUUCCUCUUCAUGAAGCAGCAGUCCAACCAAACAAGACUAUUCUAGAAAUUACUUUGAAAGCUUCACAUCCUACUGUCUGGCAACAGACCAGCCUGAAAGGAGAAACUCCUCUGUUUCUGGCUGUGGACAAAUGUCUUGUGAAAAAUGUCAAUGUUCUGCUAAUCAAUGGGUUUGAUCCAGAUACUAGGAAUGAAGAAGGAGAUUCUGCUUUAAUUAUUGCUAUUGAACGUGAAUCAUAUGAAAUUGCUUCCUUAUUGAUACAAUUUGGUGCCAAUACCAAUCUACAGUGUAUCAACAAAAGGACAGCUUUACAUGAGGCAGCCAGAUUAGGCUUGAAAGACAUGGUGGAAUUACUACUUUGGUCCAAAGCAGAUGCAGAUCCACGAAGUUCUUAUGGGCUCACCCCUCUAGCACUGGCAGCACAGAACGGGCAUACAGAAAUUCUCGAACUCCUACUGUGUAAAGGUGCCGAUGUCCUUUCCCAAGCAUCAGAUUCUGCAUCUAUAUUAUUUGAGGCUGCUGGAGGAGGAAACCCAGAUUCCAUCUCUCUCCUACUAGAAUAUGGAGCUGAUGCCAAUGUACCAAAGCAGUCUGGUCAUCUUCCGAUCCAUAGAGCUGCUUAUAGAGGCCAUUUCUUGGCAUUACAGAUUUUGAUUCCAGUCACAGAUUUCAGUGCCAUAAAGGAGAGUGGAAUCAGCCCACUUCACUCGGCGGCAGCAGAAAGACAUUCUCAGUGUCUUGAAUUUCUACUCAGAUCUGGAUUUGAGGCUAAUUUUAUGUUGGAUCGAAGAAUUCAGAAAAACUAUGAUGAUGAGAGGAAGUCAGCACUGUAUUUUGCUGUAUCUAAUGGGGAUAUUGAGUCCGCACAUUUGCUCCUGGAUGCUGGAGCCUUACCAAAUCAAGACCCUGUUAAUUGCCUCCAAGUGGCCUUGAGAAUGGGUAACUAUGAACUCAUCAGUCUCCUGCUUCGCCAUGGAGCCAACGUGAAUUACUUUUGUAGAAUCAAUACAACUCAUUUUCCAUCGGCUCUACAGUACACACUGAAAGAUGAAGUCCUGUUAAGGAUGUUGUUGAAUUAUGGAUACAAUGUUUCCCGCUGUUUUGAUUGUCCUCAUGGAGACAGCAAGCAUUCCAAGUACUUAUUUGAAGGGUGGACCUCAACUGUUAUCAAAGACACAAUGUUCUGUGAAGUGAUUACACUAUCAUGGCUAAGGCACCUGUCUGGGAAGGUAGUGCGAGUGAUGCUAGAUUAUGUAGAUCAUAUUAGAAUAUGCUCUAAACUUCAAGAUACUCUUCAAGAACAAAAACUGUGGCCAGAAAUCCAUGCAAUUUUGACAAACACACGUCCUCUGCAACAUCUUUGCCGUCUGAGAAUCCGAAAAUGCUUAGGACGUUUACGUUUGCGCUGCCCUGUCUUCCUGACAUUUCUGCCGUUACCAAACCGUUUGAAAGAAUAUAUCCUCUAUAAGGAGUAUGAUCUCUAUGGACAAGGACAUCUGAAAGGAAUCAACUAAGUCAAAUGCAUAAAAGUGCAUUUGGAAGAUAUCCUAUAUAUAAAUGAACAGAAUAAAGAUAUCAAAGCAUGUUUAAAAUAGAAUUCUAGUUAGUACUAAUACGUUUGCUUGCUUUAUACUAGAGUACAUAAAAAGUACUUCGAUGAACAGUUAAUGCAUUGAAACCUUAUCAAGCCUCAGGACAGUUUUGCAGAUCUGAUUUAUGUCUUCGUUUGCAUAGAUAGGUGGAACUAACUCUGUGUUAACUUGAAAUAUCUAACACUGCACAAAUGUAACUUUAUGUAAUUCAUGUAACAACACUCAAAUGAGAAUUGGGAGCUGAUGUCCCCAAACCCUGCGAUGCCGUCUUCUGAUUCACCAAUUCCUCAAUUGGUGUGGCUAAAAGGGGUUCCGUAUAUUUUCUAUCAGUGGAGGGGAUUUUCCUUGCAAUCCUCCAUAUGCUCACAAAAUCCAUUGCAAUUAUUUUUCCAUCUGAGCUGUAAAUGUUGAAAACAUUUUUUUUUAAAUUGGCAACAGCACACAAUAGUGUGCUCUUUGCUCACAGGUGCCCACACUGUACUGAAAUAGCAUGCUGCUUUAACACAAAACACAUUUUCAAGAAGUACAAGCAGGGCAUUACUUUAGUGCCUAGUCUUAUUUCUUUACAAAUACUGUUGAAUGUUCUCUUUAGAAGAAAAACAAUUUGCAUGUGUAAGGAGUGUUAAUUGGCACACACAAAAAGGUCAUGCAUACACUCAUGGAAGGCCUCUUGGUUUGGUACUUGUAGCAAAGACUUCUUGUGUAUCUCUUAAAAAUAUAUAUUUAACUUUUAAAAUUUGGCUUUCCAAGUGAAGUUUAGUCUUAGAUUUUGUUGUGUGUUAUUCAGAGAUCUCGUAAUAGCCUAGGUUUCUGCUGCCCACAUCUUUAAGAUGCAAUUUAAAAUCCUAUAAUGUGCCCUUUUUAUUGCAACAAGUAUAUUUAUUGCAACUUCAAAAACAAAAUUGCAAUCUUUGUUUUAUAACCCCAAAAUGUUUUCUUUGAAAAGCAGUAUUGUAAAUCAAGUAUUUCCAAAAUAAUUGAGGUCUUGCCAUGUACCUUUAUGUUACAGGUAUAAUGAAAAUUGUAUAUCCUUGUCUGACUCUUGUGUAUUGCCUACCCCUAUCUCCUUUGUUUAUAUUUUGACAUAGAAAACAAAGUAUUUUGAAAUAUUUAAUUAUGUCACCAGUAUUGCUUCACCUUUUGUCUAAGCAACUGCAACUUCUAAACGCACAAUAUUUACAGACUUAAUUUUCAUAUAACAUGAAUUCUUCUAUAUUCUAGUCAAAUAAAGAUAAAGACAC